GUGCCAACAUAUACCGUGCCGUACUACACGGCAGGACAACCGGUUGCCCCAAAUUACCCUGUUGAGCUCCCUAUAGGGUAUUCUAAAGCGGGGGAGAAAAUAUCCACGGUUACUUUCCAUCUACUCGAGGUCAACAACCCAUCUGCCCCGAGGAAGAUUGACCUUCAGACAUAUGCUCCGGAUAAUUUAAUUAUCACCGAGGUUGCCUGGGUCGCGGAGAAACACGAGCGUGUCAUCCUCCGCACGCAGAAUAGGGUACAAGAUACGGAAAAGUUGGUCUUGAUUGAGGUUGAGAGCGGGAAUUCACGGAUUGUGAGGCAGAGGGAUGGUACGGAUGGGUGGUUGGAGAAUUAUUUUGCUAUUACUUGCGAGUCUUCCGUUCCGGGAUGUUUAAUGUCGGCUGGGGAGUUGCUAAUUACUUUGGAUAGAUAUCGCAGGACUUUCUACUCCUGCCUACGUGGAUAUCUCUGAUCAUUCUGGCUGGCGGCAUAUUUACCUUUACCCAGUGACUGGUGGUGAACCGAUUGCAUUGACAUCUGGGAACUGGGAAGUCACUGCGAUUUACUCAAUCGACGUUAAGCGCGGUCUGAUCCAUUACCAAUCCACCGAGCGUGAUUCUACAGAACGCCACAUCUUUACUGUGAGUCUCGAUGGAAAGACCAAAAGGCCUCUCGUAGAUAUCUCCAAGGAAGGAUAUUACAGUGCCAGCUUCUCCCCCGGAGGAGGGUACUAUAUCCUGAGCUAUAAUGGACCAAACCUACCAUGGCAAGUACUUCGUAGCUUAGGCUCCGAUACGCCCAUCCGGGUGAUAAACGACAACGCCUCCCUCAAAGGCAACCUUUCUGCAUAUUCUCUCCCCAAAAUCUCUUGGUCGACGCUCAAGCACCCAGGUGGAUAUGAGCUCAACUUUUUGGAGCACCUACCGCCAAAUUUUCGUAAGGGGAAGAAAUACCCGGUACUAUUUGAUAUAUAUGGUGGCCCAGGCUCGCAACGCACAGAAAAGACCUUUCGCCGGACGGUUGACUUUAACGCAUACUUGGGAUCGGAUCCCGAGUUGGAGUACAUCGUUGUCACGGUGGACAAUCGUGGAACGGGGUAUAAGGGGCGGAAAUUCCGUACCAUGGUCGCCGGUCAGCUAGGAAAGUUAGAGGCGGAAGAUCAAGUGUGGGCUGCUCAGGAGUACGGAAAACGAGACUAUGUUGAUGCGGAGAAGAUUGCUAUUUGGGGGGGGAGUUACGGUGGAUACCUCACUGGCAAAGUUCUCGAAUUGGAUUCCGGAGCGUUCUCUUUAGGCAUUGUAAGUCCUUUCCCCAAUUCCUCUACUUCCCCCGCCCCCGACCUAGCCGCUAAAGCAGAAUAGAUGACGGCUCCAGUAACAGACUGGCGCUUCUAUGAUAGCAUCUACACUGAGCGCUACAUGAAAUCCCCAACCACCAACAGGGCGGGCUACAAUGCCUCUGCGAUAUCCAAGACAUCGGGGUUCAAGAAUGUUGCGGGAGGCUUCCUCAUCCAUCACGGGACCGCUGACGACAAUGUGCAUUUCCAGCACUCAGUUGUUCUUGCCGACACACUGGUUUACGAGGGCGUGAGUCCUGAGAAGAUGCGAGUGCAAUGGUUCACUGACUCGGAUCAUAACAUUGUUUAUAAUGGGGCCUGGAGCUUUUUACAGAAGCAGUUGGCCAAAGCGCUUUACGAUGAGAAGAGGAGGACACCCGAGGGCAAGCAUCAGUGGAGUCGCAGG